AAUUGAAAGAAGCGCCAUCAGGGUUUUCGAUAAAAUUUUAUGAAAAUAACUCGAGCUGUAGUGUUAUUUCCCAUGAAUGUCGUUGCAAAAUGUGAUUUAUUAAUUAUUAUUACUUGAGUGAACAUUUAUGUGUGUAGUGUGGUGCAGGAUUUGGCUGAAAUUAUUGGUGUAUAUAAGUGUAAUUUGUUUAUAACCGUGGCGAUACUUUUGACAAUUUAAAAUGGCGGCCUCGUUUGAACUACAAAAUGUUUUUGAAUUUAUAAGAUUGCUUUGAGAAACUACAGUGGAUUUAUUAAUUUUAUUGAAUUUGUAAAGUGCUGUGUUGUAGACCUCGUUAUGGAGCACAAUUUGGAGGAUUCCAUAAAAUUGGAAAGUGGUAUAGUUGGUAUGGAUUUUGAUCAUGUUGAGGCUGCAGCUGAAAUCACUUUGGAGUCUAGCAGUCAUGGGGAAGACAUUCCAAUGGAGUUUGAGACGAUGCAAGAUAAACAACACAUACUCAUGGACACAGGGAGUGAAGAAGUCAUUGAUUUCAUGGGGGAACAGUUUGCUUUGCAAGAAUAUUCUAUUGGCGAUGACCAAACCACUGAAAUUACCACAACCGAGGAAUCAAAUAUACAGAAUAUAUUGCAGUCACAAUCCGAUACAAUGGUGGAUUUACAGUAUGAGCCCCAAUCCAUGACGCCAGUCAGCAUCAGGCAGGAUAACCAGGGGCAGCCUAAAUAUAUUGCAGUCAAGGUAGCAAUGCCAAGCACAGCAGGAAUAAGCAGAAGAGGGGAGCCUGCUGUACUCAAUGCAGUGUCCCGUCAAGUGGCUAUUGCUCCGAAGCCUCCGAAACUAGUCCAGACAGUGGCUCGCAAUGUCUUCCCAGCUGGCAAACAGUUUGCCAUAGCUCCUAAGCCCAUAACAUUGAUUUCUAACAAGAGUGGCCUAACAAAGGUGCCGAUAAGUGGAGUAGUGCAAGCUAAUGCUUCUAAAGGAAAUACUGUUUUAGCACAAGUCGGGAAGCAGUUGAUCAUGGUGCCUGCAGGGUCCCAGAAGAUAAAGCUUGUGUCGGCCAAUCAGGCAGUGCAGUUUGUGAAAGGAGAUCCUGAGCAGGCACACAUCACGCCCAAGAGGAUUGUUACUACAUCACAAGGCACCAAGUCGGUUAUGACUAAAGUUGUUGUUCAAGGUGCCAAUCAACCGGCUGUGAUCACAAAGCUGUUGCCUAGUGGCAGCACGGCCGCCCCUCAGACAAGAUAUGUAAUGCAGCAAAAGAAGAUACCCAUAUCCAUUGGUAAUAAUAAGGUGUUGUUGACAUCGCCCACGAAGCAAGGAAAAAAGCAACAGGUCAUCACCUUAAAUCCGCCCAGCCUUACUCCUAUACAGCCACAAGGGUCAACAACCAAGAAAGUUGUGAUAACGGCUAAUCCAAAUAAACAGAAGGUUAUACUGAAGGCUGCUCCUCAGAAGACUGCACAGCUAAGUAAGGAUGGAAAAUUAGUAUUGCAUCCAGGACAACGGUCGCAACUACAUAAAAUUGAUGUUCCCGGGAAAGGGGUUCAAUUUAUACGUCUUAUAACAAACCCUUCUUCGGGAUCUUCUACGGCGAAGCAAUCAUCUGUUCUGAAUAUUUCAAAAUCCAUAGUUUCGGUCACGGACAGAGGCAUGUCCGGGAAGCCGCAGCAGAAGUUCGUGAGGAUCGCGCCCGCCCCGGUCGGCAGUAAACCGCAAGCUUCGCAACAGAUAAUUCGUUCGGGGCAGAGUCUGUUGACGCCGAUGUCGUCUGUAGAAAGAAGUGUGGAGCCCGUGACUUGCAAGCAGGAGCCCGACGAACACUCUGACGAAGAAGAAGAGGAACCUGCUCGAAAUGAGAGCGAGUGCGGCGCGUCGCUGGCGGCGCUGGUGGCGGACGCGGUGGCGGGCGGGCGCCAGAGUCCAAUACAAGACGAGAACACUAACAGCAUGGACCAGAUAGAUUCGAGUUACCAGACAGAGGAGCAUCCCCUUAUAGUCAUUCCCGCAAACUACUUGAAACACAAUAACAGUCAAGAGGACAAGGUUGAUCACACCUUAAUAGACAUGAAGUUCGAUUCUGACGCGUACAACUCUUUCCAAUCACCGACCACGCCGCCCCACGCGUCUGAUUCAGAUGUGGCGUCCAACGAUCUCGCGUCGCGUCCGCGCAAAGCUUGCAACUGCACCAAGUCUCAGUGCCUGAAGCUCUACUGCGAUUGUUUCGCUAACGGGGAGUUUUGCAACCGUUGCAAUUGCAACAACUGCCACAACAAUCUGGAGAAUGAAGAGUUGCGGCAGAAGUCAAUACGAGCCUGUCUCAUGAGGAACCCCAACGCUUUUAGGCCCAAAAUAGGUAAAGCGAAAGCAGGCGGACCUGAAAUAAUAAGAAGACACAAUAAAGGUUGCAACUGUAAAAGAAGUGGAUGUCUUAAGAACUACUGUGAAUGUUACGAGGCGAAGAUAGCGUGCACGGCGAUGUGCAAGUGCGUGGGCUGCCGCAACGUGGAGGAGGGCGUGAGCCGCCGCAUGCUGGCGCCCGCCGCCGUGCGCCGGGACACCAACGUGCUGGCGCAUCUCAAACAGCCGUGCAGCUUCAUGACGUCGGAGGUGAUCGAGGCGGUGUGCCAGUGCCUGCUGGCGGCGGCGGGCGACUGCGCCGACCCCGCGCGCGACGUGCUGGACGAGUUCGCGCGCUGCCUGCAGGACAUCAUCGGCGCCUCGCUGCACUCCACGCAGCUCGAGGCGCAAACGUGAUAUCCACGGUGGAAGGUUGAAUUGGACAAUCCGUUGCCAAGUGAUCUGUUUUAAACUCGUAUUGUGCUUGCAUAUGUUAAGUGAGAGAAUUCAGAGCCAAUAUUAGAGAUAAGCCUAUAGCAACACCCGAAUAUGAUGUUAUUUGUUUGUUGAAAUUUGUGUAUUCCAUUCCAUUAUAAAAUGGUUUAAACGUCCAAUCGAAACGAAUGAAACCUCUGACAGUAUCUUACAUGGUUUUUGUAAUGAUGCAAGCAUGCUUGGUCUUAUCUAUUACUAUCGCCCGCGGCUCCUCCCGCGUCUAAAAUACCCUAUGUCCUUAUCCAUACUCCACAAUUUUAUUGAGAUAGAUUCAUAUUUUGAAGUGAAAGACGGGCGUGAAAAUCACACUUUAACAAUUGUAAUACUAGUCUUUUGCACAGGAGUCUAUAAAACUGUACUCCGUUGAUCGUUUGCUUACGAACUGUUUGAUAGGACUUUUCGUCUUUGGUCCGUAAGCAAAAUGUCCGUCUCUGCAGAAAGUUCUUGCUGCACCAACUUUUAAACAAUAGACCAAGCAUGCUACAUGCAUGAGUGUUGGUUAAUCAAAACUGACUCCUGUUCGGUAUACAAUGCAUAUGCCAGAUUAGGUCAGAUUUUAUCUGCUCGCAAACUGUAAAGUGAAUUUAUUUUGUGUAAAAAUAAAAUUGUCUUCAUAACUCUUGUUGACGCCACAUUUGGCUGCUGAAAUAGCUGUAGUAUGAUUUGAAUUGUAACGUACCACGUGACAGCGGUUUUGCAAUAAAAUGAAUGCCUUUUAGUGUAAAUAAUUUAGCUAAAUCAGAUUUUUUAUAAAGAUAUAUUAUUUAAAGUGUUAUUAUACUUACGUGUACAUAAUGUUGUAAAUUUAAUAUUUAACUAGUCAUAAGUAACCUUUAUUUCUGAGGUAAACAAUUGUAC